GGGCAGGAAGCCUGUUUAAUUGCAUUACUGUGCAGAUAAAUUCAAACAGCCUUCUUAAUAUCUUCAUCAUAAUGCGGUCAUUAGUGGAAGGGAGGGAUGGCCUUCUGCCAGUCUAGCCAGCGAGAGGCAGCUGUGAGCUGGUUCUGCUGGGCUACUCAAGCUUCUCUCUGUUUACUGAGGGCUGCUUUAGACUGCACGGCAUGAUUUGGUGAAGCUCUUCUCUUUAAUAAACCAGCAGCUGUUUACCUGAUAGCUCCUGAUAACAAACCUGUAGAUGAAAGUGUUCCUUCACUGCAAAUUCCAGCAUCUUGCAGGAGGGUGACAAUUCCUGAAAACAAACAAACAAACAAGCAAGCAAACAAAAGAAUAAGAGAAAGAGGGAGGAAAAGAAAAUACCUCACUGGCUUGUCUCCCCCACACACUUUUUUUUUUUUGGCUGAUGUUCCAGCUGUAGCCUGGGAUUAAUUAAGUGUUGUAACUUGGAGCCUGAGACAGAGGGAGAGUGAAAAAAAAAAUGCAUCCAUCUCUUAAUCUCUGAGGAGGAAGAAGUACAGUAACUGCUUCAGCUCACUCACCAGUGGGAACCCUUGGAAAGCACAUCUCUCCACCGUGUUUGUCAAGAGGCAGUGAGGCUGCAGAAGCCUUUCCCUUAGUCGUGGGGGUCCAUUUUUAUUGUUUUCAUUUGUGUCUGGAUGUGAAGUGUGUCCCUAGUCCAAUAGCAGGAGCAGCCCUUUCUGGAGAGUAAAGGACAGGAUGCCUGUACUAGACAGGUUUUUUAAUUCAACAGAGCUGGGCAGGCGGUGGAGGAAAGGGGAAGAACCGAUGCCCUUUCCCAUGGGCAGCCUGCCCAGCUACCAGCCGAGGACCCUAGCCUGUGAGUUGCCUGAGAUGAUCAGGAUGGUAAAGCUCAUUUGGAAAUCCAAAAGUGAACUGCGAGGGACCAAGCAAAGAGGGAUUUUGGAAAAUGAAGAUGCUCUGGGCAGUUUAUCAGGAGAUGCACGGGUGAGAGGUCAGACAGGGGUUCUCUCUGAGCGCCGUGGUUCCUAUCCGUUCAUAGACUUCCGUCUUCUCAACAAUACAACACACUCAGGGGAAAUUGGCACCAAGAAAAAGGUGAAAAGACUGUUAAGCUUUCAGAGAUAUUUCCAUGCAUCCAGGCUGUUGGGUGGAAUUGUACCACAAGCCUCUCUGUACUUACUGGAUGAAGACUACCUUGGACAAGCAAGGCACAUGCUAUCCAAAGUGGGAAUGUGGGAUUUUGACAUUUUCUUGUUUGACCGUUUGACAAAUGGAAACAGCCUGGUAACAUUGCUGUGCCACCUCUUCAAUGUGCAUGGGCUUAUUCACCACUUCCAGUUAGACAUGGUUACAUUACAUAGGUUUUUAGUUAUGGUUCAAGAAGAUUAUCACAGCCAAAACCCAUACCACAACGCAGUCCACGCUGCUGACGUCACUCAAGCUAUGCAUUGCUAUCUAAAGGAGCCCAAGUUUGCCAAAUUCCUUACCCCUCUGGACAUUAUGCUUGGACUGCUCGCUGCUGCAGCUCAUGAUGUAGACCAUCCAGGGGUCAACCAACCAUUUUUGAUCAAAACCAACCACCACCUUGCCAGCUUAUACCAGAAUGCGUCUGUGUUAGAAAAUCAUCAUUGGAGAUCUACAAUAGGCAUGCUUCGAGAAUCAAGGCUCCUUGCCCAUCUACCAAAGGAAAUAACCCAGGAUAUCGAACAGCAACUGGGCUCCCUCAUCUUGGCAACAGACAUCAAUAGACAGAAUGAGUUUUUGACCCGGUUGAAAGCUCAUCUCGAAAAUAAGGAUCUGAGAUUGGAGGAUGCACCAGACAGACAUUUUAUGCUUCAGAUCGCGCUGAAGUGUGCUGACAUUUGCAAUCCUUGCCGGCUUUGGGAGAUGAGCAAGCAGUGGAGUGAAAGGGUCUGUGAGGAAUUCUACCGGCAAGGUGAUCUGGAACAAAAAUUUGAAUUGGAAAUAAGCCCUCUUUGUAAUCAGCAGAAGGACUCCAUACCUAGUAUACAAAUUGGUUUCAUGACCUACAUCGUAGAGCCACUCUUUGAGGAAUGGGCCAAGUUUACAGGAGAUACUCCCCUAUCCGAAAAUAUGCUAAGCCAUCUCAGGAGGAACAAGGCCAAGUGGAGGAGUUUGCUCCACAAGCAACACAGCAGUAGCAGGAGCAAUGACCACUCAGGUCAAGUGACUGAAAACGAAGAGCAGACUUUAAAUGAAGGUGACAUCCCAUCGUGCCAGUUUUAACUCUUCCUUAUAGUACUGCUGGCUCUUCUUUGUUAGUCACAACAGUAAGCCAAAUCGUAAGGACCUGCAAGGCCAUCAGCAGCAAUGUGGAAAGGGAAGAAAAAGGGAGACAGAAACUAUAAGGGUCCUCAUGAACAAACCCACCCUACUUCUGGGUUUCAUAUCUGAGCUCCUUUGAACUCACUCCCUCCUCUUCCUUAUCCUUCUACAUGUAUCUGAAACCAUUCAUCACUUCUGAUCGUUAACUGCUUGAAUAAGGAACUCCGUUCAGUAGUGAUGAAGCUGGGCCACUAAGUGGCCACCAACUAAUGGGGAGGAUUAAAGAGAAAGCAUGGGAGAUGCCAACAUAUUUCAUUCACCCUGGCUCAUAUUGUGACAGAUAGCUGUAUAUAGGCCCACAGCGCCAUGCACAGUUUUAAGUCUGGCAGCUGGACUGCGCAUUAAACCACCAGCAUCUUCAGAACUCAGAGGACAUUGGCUGAGUGAGAGUGCACAGAGAAGAGAAUCUCAUUAUUUUAAUAAUUAAAAUAAUUAAAAACCUUUUUAACUUUUGUAUUCUGUGCACUAGACAACAGAUCUAGAAACCUUGGACCGAGGAUACUCUAUGUACAUACAACUCAAGCGGGACAAGGCUCAUUUGGUUAAUCAUUUUUAUGCCACUUUAGAUAAGAGAUGGACAUCUUCUCACUGUAGGGAACUGCAGUCCCUAGCAAAUGAAAGGGAAGGUGUUGUACAGUCUAAAUCUUUGCAACAUUACCAGAUCUAUCUUUUUGAUGACGCUGUUUCAAUGACAUGUUUAUAUCCAUGUGUACAUUUUCUGUAAAUACAAAGCGCUACUGAUUCCCAUGCCAAAAUACUGAAGUAUUAUGGGAUUGCUACCUGUAUAAACAAUGGCACUGUGAACAGAAUAACUGUUAGUUUUAAUACAAGAGAAAGCAUUUGUAAAUAUGGUAUAGAGUUUAUUAAUACACUCUUGUUUGCAGAUAAAGGCCUUAACUUUUAGCAUCCUUCACUGUUAGCUGUCCAAAUCAUAGCAUCUGAACUCUCUUUCCAUUUUCAGCCUUCCAGCAAAGGUCAUAAAAGAAUGAAAUCUGUCAGGGCAUUUUCUGGAAACGUCACAUGCAUUCCAUAUGAACUCAUAUUGUUUAAUCCAUGGCAUAGUGCACACUCAGUCUAAUCAGAUGCUUCACAAAGCCUGAAGAUAUUUUUUUUAAGCUGCAGCAAUCUAUUUUACAGUUCAAACUGGUAAACAUGUAGUUAUGAGUUUUAAUUUUUAUUAAG